GGAUUUUUAAUGGUAGCAAAUUUUUUUUUCUUUUCCAUUCCUUUUUUUCUUUUCCCUAUUAACUUUUUUUUUAUAUAUAUCUCUUAUUUUUUUCUUUUGUUUUCAAUACCAAUCGACCAUUGAUAAUAAUACAAUGAAUCAACAUCCAUCUCUUUUGGACUCUUAUGAAUCAUCUGAAAACGCUUUGAUGGAUUCUUUCAAGGCUGCAGCUCUUAAAGUUACCACACUCUACAAAGAUUCUCUUGUUCAAAACCGUAAAGCUUAUGCUUCUGGAUAUCAACAAGCUUUACAAGAUCUUUAUGAGUUUAUCAGCUCACAUCCCAGUACUACAGUAUCACAACAAGAUUCAUUUGUAACACCAACUGAACAUGGCUUUUUACCUGUACAAGAUCUUCUAGCAUAUGCUAGACAACGUAAUAAUCAACUUGCUUCCGAUAUGGGGUUAUCGUCUUCUAUGGAUUCAUCAUCAGUGCCAACCACUUCAUCGCCAUCACCACCAUCACAACAACAACAACAAUCAAAUCCUUCUACUGAUUCACUUACUAAUCAUUCCAAUCAUUCCGGUGGAUUCAAUACUACUACUUCAGCAACAACUCCAACAGUUACCAAUGAUGUGGCAACGACAACGAACAUAGCAACAUCUGCAGCAACAACGCCUACGUUACAACAUAGAACUACUACAACAACAGUACCUAAUGUUCUUGGAGCAGCCGUCAAGAAUGCUUUCCAUCCUUUCCAAAUCGAUCCGAACACUCAAUUUACCUUCUCCUUACCUACCAAUUAUCAUCCAUACGGACAACCCUGGUACAACAAUAAUAAUUUUAUUAACAAUACAAAUCAUCAUUAUUCUAACAAUAAUAAUUCAGGAUUCAACAAUAACAGCGAUCAUUUUAGAAAUGAUACUGCAAAUAUCAAUAACAAUGACAGCAACAGUGGAGUCACAGGAUUUAAUACGGAUGGUACUCCUAUGGAUGGAUUGAAACGACGCAUGACAUCAAAUGAACUCUCAUUUAUGGGACGAUCUUUGAAUAAUAUGAAUAUUGACAGCAAUUGGAAUGAACCAGCUUUCAAACGACGACCAAAACGGGAUGAUUGAUCAACUUAGAAGAUGCCACAGCUUUUUAUUAUUAUAUAUAUGUUUUGUAUUUUAGUUUUUUUAUUUAUUUAUUUAUUUAUUUAUUUAUUUUUCCUUUAGUGUAUUUUUUUAUUAUUAUUAUUAUUGUUAUCUUACCUUUGUGUAUGUAUCGUUUAUUGAUUCUUCAC